CCGCUUGGUCGCUCGAGCGGUCGCAGGUCGUCGAUGGUUGGACUGAUUGUUGUUGUCGCCGCGUCAUUAUUUGACAUUGUUAUUCGAGGCGCCGCCGUCGGUAGCAACCUCACAUCGCAUCGCGUCGCAGUUAAAAGCAGCAGCAGCAACAUUUGCAACAUCGCUUGCCCCGUGAAAUGCUAUGCUAGAUUGUGAAAUUAAAUUGAAUACAAAUCAAAACUGAGUUCCCUAAAGGGGCACAAAUAAGAAAGUUUGCCUCAAACAAGAGUGAAAGAUGGAAAAAAACGAACUGAAUAAAAUUAAAAUGUGUGCAAAAUCAGUUAGCAGCGAUAUAAGCAUCAGCAACAACAAAUGAGUGAAUUAUAGUGACAAAUUCAAAAAGCCAAAAGUGACAGUGAAUAAUGUUGAGAGCGCCCACACAGCACAUCGUGCAACUCGGCUUCGGAACGAAGACAGCAGCAACAGCAACAUCGACAGCGGCAGCAGCAACACCCAGCGGCAAGCAGCAACAUCAGCGCAAGACGCUGUUGCAACGCUUCCGGCAGCAGCAACACAAGCUGCCCAAAGUCACGGCAGAGGAGCCGCAAGAUACAGAAUACUAUUUCAAGCAGCAGAAGCAAUCUGCUUCCUAUCAGCAAGGUGACAAUUGUUUGCUAUUUCUGACGGCCACAAACCCCGAGCAAUUGCCGAAGAAACCGAAGAAAAAGAAGGAGCCGAGCAGCUACAACUUUGCGGCGGCUCUCAGGCGCAACAAGAAGCCAAAGCCAGCGGCAACAUCCACGGACGACGACGACAGUUGUCGCAGCAUCAACAGCAACAGCAGCAACAGCGGCAGCAGCAACAGUUUGUCUAAUAGUUGCAUUAACAAUCAUAACAACAACAGCGGCACUCAUUAUAGAAACAGUAAAAACACCAGACACACCAGUAGUGGCAACAACAACGACUACAUCGGUAAUUACAAUUGCAAAACAAGUGAACAACAAGCGUGGAAAGCAGCAACACAGCAGCAACAGCAGCAGCAGCAUCAACUGCUCAUUAGCAGGCCAAGCGAUCGGAAUUAUCCCAGCAGCAACAUCAGCAGCAGCAGCAGCAACAACCACAGUGGUGGCCAUAUCAUCAUGUCACCCACUUCGCAGGCGCCCACCCGAACAUCCCUCUUCGAUUCCUGUCAUCGAAAGAUCCGCCUGAUCGGCGGCGGUCCCGUCGCCUUCUUGGGCGGAUUGGUUGCCAAGGCCCGUCGCAAGGAACGCGAUGGCGAUCAAAAUUCAACAGACACCAAAUUGUAUUUGGAGGAAAGUGUCCUAGAACGUAAAUUACCUGAAGCUGAUCUCAAAGCCUUAGUGGAUCUUCCAGCUGGUUUGGACUACAAUGAAUGGCUAGCGUCACACACCCUCGCUCUAUUUGAGCACGUGAACUUGGUUUAUGGAACUAUUAGUGAAUUUUGUACACAAUCCGGCUGCGCCGACAUGACCGGACCCGGCAACAGAACGUACUUAUGGUUCGACGAGAAGGGCAAGAAGACGCGCGUCGCAGCUCCACAGUACAUCGACUAUGUGAUGACGUUCACCCAGAAGACGGUCAGCGAUGAGUCGAUAUUCCCAACCAAAUACGCCAACGAGUUCCCCGGCUCGUUUGAGUCGAUCGCGCGGAAGAUACUACGCUUGCAAUUUCAUGUGAUAGCGCAUCUGUAUGCGGCGCAUUUCCGAGAAAUCGCGCUGCUCGGCUUGCACACCCAUCUAAAUCUGACGUUCGCGCACCUCACCGCCCUCCACAGGCGCUUCAACCUGAUCGACGAGAAGGAGACCGAUGUGCUGCGCGACCUUGAGGUGGCCCUGCGCCUCACCGACGACACCACUGGUGGAUGUCAGGAUGCCACCUCCUCCUCGUCGUCGGUCCACGAGCACUCCUCUGGCGACCUGCAGCACCAGCAGCUACAGCAGCAGCAGCAGCAUCAGCAGCAACACCACAACAGCAGCAGCAACAGCACCUCCUCGGCGGAGGCGUUGCACGUCAAUUCACAAAGCAACAAUGGCAGCACAUCCGCCUCGGCGUCGGUAUCCCUCAUCGAUGGCGAUGCGGUGGCGCCGCCAAUCUGCACGCAACCGGAGGCGGGAGCGGGCUGCAAGCCGGCGGGCAGCAGCGGACUGCUGGGCGGCAUACUGGGCGAUCUGACCAGCGGCGAAUUUGGUGAUACAACGCGUUACUGCACAUCGGCGGUUCCUCAGGCGGCGGCGGCGGCGGCUGACACUGCUGCCUUGAACAACGGCGCUGGCGCGGGCGCACUACAUUUAAACUUUAGCAACAAUAAUAACAAUAAUCAUAAUCUGAAUCACUUGAACCAUCACCACCAUCAUCACCAUGGCCACCAUGGCCACCAUCAUGCGGCGCAGCAGCAACAGCAGCAGCAGCACAGUGGGCUCAUUCAGUGCAACGCAGCAGGCGGUGGUGGCAAUGGGACUGGGGUAGCCACCGGCGGAGCCACUGCAGCAGCGUCCUCAACCACCACGGCAUAGGUGGAGCAGUAGUAGCUACGAAAGGAGCAACAGCAGCAGCAACAGCAACAACAAAAAACAUUAGAAAUACUAGAUUUACGCAAAAAUGUUAUUUAAUGUUACUUCUAUGAUCCUAAAGUUGAAAAUAUUGUAAAAAUAAUAAAAAAAAAAGAGAAAACAUUAAAAUGCAAAUACAGCUAAUUGCGAAACAAGAAGCAGACAUUGCAUAAAUGACACACAAGCUACAAAAUUAUUGAACAGCUAAUCGAAGUUGGCAUCGUAGUUCCGUAACGUUGAUUUAGAUAUGUACUUAUUGUAUAGAAAGACAGAGAAAGAGCUGCAAGCAUAGAGUUUAGAGUUGUCGCGUGCUUAUGCUUUACACGUAUUUUAACCUUCCUCUUCUACAACAAAUAAAAUGUCCUGACUGAAGCCUGAGUGCAAAUGCAAAGUCAACGCCUUCAAGGCAACCAUAA